GAUGAAUGAAACAACCGUUGAUAUUUAACCUGUGGCACCUCAGCGUACCUGAUGUCCCACAUUUUCCAUAAAACGCGACGGUUUGGCGUCUACCUCCACCGCCGCGUCUCUUCCCUUCCCUCACUGGCUGUCCCCUCAGUCACCCGGACAUGCUGCCUCCACCAAGGGGUCCUCACAGGUUCCCACAACUGUCAGCACAGCACCAUCCCCGGUCACAGCUGCCAGCACGGGAGAGGUGUGAGCACAGCCCUCGGACAGCACAUACAGGACCUGAGUGGGCCAGAGGGGAGGCUGUUGGAUAAACUGUACGAAGGGCUGAUCGGAGGACAGCGGGCGUCUCUGGCUGAAUCCAUCACUUUGGUGGAGACCCAGCAUCCGAGAAAGAAAGAGCUGGCCCAGGUGCUGCUGCAGAGGGUGCUGGCCUACAGGAGGGAGCAGGAGAGUCAGAAUGGAGGGAAGCCGGUGGCCUUCAGAGUAGGUCUGUCAGGUCCUCCGGGAGCAGGGAAGUCGUCCUUCAUCGAGGUGGUGGGGAAGAUGUUGACAGCACGUGGACAUAAAGUUUCAGUGCUGGCUGUUGAUCCGUCCUCCUGCACUACAGGAGGGUCUCUGUUGGGCGAUAAGACUCGUAUGACUGAACUCUCCAGGGACAUGAAUGCUUUUAUCAGGCCAUCUCCGGCUUCAGGAACACUCGGUGGAGUCACCAGAACAACCAAUGAGGCCAUUGUUCUCUGCGAGGGUGCGGGAUAUGAUAUUGUCCUUGUGGAGACCGUAGGUGUGGGCCAGUCAGAGUUUGCAGUGGCCGACAUGGUUGACAUGUUUGUGCUGCUGAUUCCACCAGCAGGGGGCGAUGAACUGCAGGGUAUCAAGAGGGGCAUCAUCGAGAGGGCCGACUUGGUGGUGGUGACGAAGUCGGAUGGAGAUCUAGUGGUGCCAGCCAGGAGGAUCCAGGCUGAAUACACCAGCGCACUCAAGCUGCUCAGGAGACAGUCCAAGUCCUGGAACCCUAAGGUGGUGCGUGCCUCCUCGCACACCAGUGAGGGCAUCCCAGAGGUCUGGGCCAAGAUGGAGUCGUACCGGGACGCCAUGCUGGCCAGCGGCGAAUUGCAGGGCCGGCGGAGGGCCCAGCAGAAGGUUUGGAUGUGGAGUUUGAUCCAGGAGAACGUCCUCCGCCAUUUCCAGAGUCACCCCAGUGUCAGAGACGCUCUACCCCACCUCGAGGAGAGGGUCACCAAAGGCGCCAUCUCCCCAGGCCUGGCUGCGGACCUGCUUCUCAAAGCCUUCUCGUCAUCAUCGUAAUCAGUGGGACUGCAAUUUUGGAGAAGGAUGGACGACUCGUGGCUGAUGAGGGCCACUCAGUGCCAACGAAAGCCAGGACGGAGUCACAGUACGUGACCUUGACUCUGUGGUUUGCACAAAAAGAAGCAGUCUUGCUCUUUUUACACUCGAUUUGAAAUUUAAAACACCUGAGAUGGAAGUCAGCCCUCCACACAAACGUUCAGUGUCUGCACGCUUUAAUCCAAAUCAGGAGAGAGAUGAGAGUGCUGACAGUUGACUCUUCUGGACUUCAGCUUCAGGACACAUUCGGAUUUGGGACAAAGGACGGCAAAUGAAACACUUCAGUUGUGUUUAACAGUGCUGUGAGAUGAAAUGCACGUAGCCUUCUUGAACAACAACACUACAAACCCUCGUGAACGGUCUAAAUGAAAUACAUUUGAGAGUAGUUUGCACAAUACUCAUCACGUUUAUGAGCAGGCUCAUUAAAUGGUGAAACUCUGUUCACUCCAUAAUCACUGAAAUGGCAAAGUGUGAUGUAUUAUGAGCUGUUUUAACUGACUUUCUUGCCCACCCUUCUCAUACAGGGAUCAAUAAUACAGACUAUCUGUAACCCCGAAAAGAGAAGCGUUAAUGAAAGGAUCAGGCUGAGAUUUCUUAUGAUCAUGUGUUUCUCUUGUUGAGCUGCCAUGAACAUUAUUCUAAUAACAAAAUGUUCUCUGGAAAAGCAACUGAAUAUUAUUAUUAUUAUUAUUACUGUUGUUCUUUCUGAGCUGAAUAUUAAAAGAAUGAUGUGAAUCUUAAAUGGAUAAGUGAAUAACAUUAAAUCUGUCAGCACAGCUGGA